AUGUAUGCUUCCUUCUUUGGAGCUAUAGGCUGCGCAUGUUCCAUCGUCUUCACCACCUUCGGGGCAUCCUACGGCACCGCAAAGUCCGCAGGUGCCAUCUUUCAGUCCGGCAUUCUUCGCCCAGACAUGUUGAUGCAGAACACGCUAUGCGCCAUCAUGGCCCAGAUCCUGUCCAUAUACGGACUCGUCGCAAGCGUCAUUAUGUCUAACAACAUCAAAGAAAAGAUGCCUAUUCACACAGCUUUCUUGCAGCUGGGAGCUGGUAUCUCUGUCGGACUUUGUGGCAUGGCCGCUGGUUUUGCUAUUGGUAUCGUUGGUGAUGCUGGAGUCCGUGCCAGCUCGCAGCAGCCACGUCUCUACAUCGGCAUGGUUCUCAUCCUCAUCUUUGCAGAAGUUCUCGGCCUAUACGGUGUCAUCGUCUCUAUCCUCAUGCUCACCCGUUCUACAGAGGCUGCAGAGUGCCGGUACUAG